AUGCCCUCGCCGACGGGCGUAUUGUGCAAGAUGCUCGCCUCCGGGGGAUGUGGCGCUUCCCACUGCGAUGAAUGCUCGCGGGACUUGGCUCAGAUAUGCGAAGUUGGCCAUCAUUCCGGUAUAGGUCAAGACGGAUUCUAUGCUCCGUACGCGGCUAUCGAUAUCCGUGGACUUGCACAUGUUCCUCAAGGAGUCUCGCCCGCUGAGGCUGCGGUGGCCACUGACGCCGUUACAACCGCUUACCACGCUGUUCAUCGAAGAGGCGAAGUCAAAGCAGACGAAACCGUUUUUCUAUUCGGCCUGGGAGGCCUGGGAUUCAAUGCUCUUCAAAUUGUCCUGAACAUUGGGGCAAGAGUUAUUGUCUCUGAUAUCAGAGAAAGUCUGCUCGACGAGGCUGCCGCGAUUGGGGUUCCUCGGGCAGACUUAGUUUCGCCAGGGAAGAAGGUUCAAGAAUUUGUCAUUGAACAAGGAUUGACCGGUAAAAUCGACACCGUCCUUGAUUUUGUCGGCACUCAUCAGACCUUUGAGGACGCUCAGCAGAUAGGCAAAAUCAGGCCUAGGGUUGAGACGGCGAAAUUGAGUGACUUUCCCGAUGUCUUGGACCGCUUGGAAAGAGGCGAAAUCAAAGCCAGAGUUGCUCUGAUGCACGAAUGA